AUGGCUACCCCAGACCCCCCGGUGAGCCCCGUGUCGGAGCAGCAGCGCCCCCCUCUGGCCGCCAAAGCCCUGAGCGAGGCCUUCUGUGGGCUCAGGUACCGGGACACAUCCUUUCUGAUCUGGCGUCAGCAGCAGCUCCAGGCCACGCCCCCUCACUCCUACCUGAGUCGCUCACAGCAAACCUGGUACAGUAGUCAUGGCAACCAACCCGUCCUGGUACCUGAGAGAGAGCAGAGGUCGCAGGCUGAGUCGCGAAUCUGUUCUGUGCAGUAG